UCCAGGUUGACGUUUUCUCUCUUCGCUCUCUGGGAUUUCGUCGCGUCAAGUUGGCAAUCGGCACGCCGUCGACCGAUCUUUUCAUCAUCCGGUCCUUGACAAGUUCAGACUUGCUCCGAAUCGUGUAAAUCCAGCAAAAUGGUUACCGCCAAGAAGCAGAAAAAGGCUUUGGAUAGCAUCAACGCCCGCCUGGCGCUGGUCAUGAAGUCCGGCAAGUACUGCCUCGGAUACAAGCAAACCCUGAAGACCCUGCGCCAGGGCAAGGCCAAGCUGAUCAUCAUCGCCAACAAUACUCCCCACCUCAGGAAGUCCGAGAUCGAGUACUACGCGAUGCUGGCCAAGACCGGCGUGCACCACUACAACGGCAACAACAUCGAGCUGGGCACGGCCUGCGGCAAGUACUUCCGCGUGUGCACCCUGUCCAUCACCGAUGCUGGAGAUUCGGACAUCAUCCGUACCCUGCCGGAGGCCCAGGCCGCUGGUACCCAGUAAGGGAGUGGGAUCUUUCCUUUUCGUUUAUUGAUAUUCAAUAAAUGUGUGUAAAUGUUGCGCAAGAAACAGUUCAAGAACACCUUUGAAAUGUGUAAAAAAAGAGCAUUAAUAAACUGUAAGAUCACUUGAAACCAUCGAGAGAUCUUUCUUUCCCAAAA